UAUUGAUGAAUAGUAAACAAGGGAUAGAAAACCUAGAAAAUGAAGAUCUCAAAAUCCUCUUCUCUAAUGCUGUUUUUUCUUGCGGUUAUGUUAUGUUUCUUGGGAGCCAAGUCACGAGGAGUUUACUGCAGCAAUCCUUAUGAACGAUGCUUUCAAAAGUACAUAAUGUGUCCGGAAGAAUGUCCCACCACCGGUGCCGCAAACUCCAUGAAUAGAGUCUGUUACGUAGACUGUAGUAAACCCCUCUGCAAAUUUGAGUGCCGCAGGUUGGGUCCAAACUGCUAUAGACCUGGAUCGGCAUGUCACGACCCGAGGUUCAUAGGUGGUGAUGGGAUUGUGUUCUACUUCCAUGGAAAGAGCAAUGAACAUUUUAGCCUUGUCUCGGACCCUGACUUUCAGAUCAAUGCUAGGUUCACUGGCCACAGACCCGCUGGACGCACUAGAGACUUCACUUGGAUCCAAGCUCUUGGCUUCCUCUUCAAUUCUCAUAAGUUUUCCCUUGAGGCCACCAAAGUGGCCACUUGGGACAGCAGCAUCGACCAUCUCAGAUUCUCUUUCAGCGGCCAAGAUUUAGUUAUCCCUGAGGAAAUUCUCUCUACGUGGUACUCGCCAGAAAAAGACAUCAAGAUUGAGAGAGCGACAAAGAUGAACAUCGUGACGGUGACAAUCAAAGACAAAGCAGAGAUCAUGGUUAACGUUGUUCCCGUGACUAAAGAAGACGAUAAGAUCCACAGCUAUAAAGUACCUUCGGAUAACUGUUUUGCGCAUCUCGAAGUCCAGUUCAGGUUUUUCAACUUAUCACCAAAAGUCGAUGGAAUCUUGGGACGCACUUAUAGGCCCGAUUUCCAAAACCCGGCUAAGCCUGGAGUCGCAAUGCCAGUCGUUGGCGGCGAGGAUAACUUUAGGACAUCUUCUUUGCUCUCUCAAGACUGCAAGAGUUGCAUUUUUACCGGUUUAAGUGGCUCGAUCAAAUUGGAGACUGAACACACACUGUUGGAUUGUACUCGUGGGGCGUCUUCCGGAUACGGAAUCAUAUGCAGGAAGUGAUGUUCCAUGAUCCAUCCUAACUUCAU